AGGAGGAAGAGGAGGAGGAGGAGAUGAUGGUGGUGAACGACGGAGGCUACGAGUCGUCCGUCUCUCAGGAGAAGCAGGACUCGGAUCGUCCAAUCAGACUCAAGACGGACCGAUCUGGUCGACUCCUCCUGGAGACUCCUGCUGACCUCCAGAACCUCCUGCUGCUGAGGAGGAGCAAGAGGGAGCAGAGAGCUGCUGUGAGAACUCGUCCUGCUGCUGCUGCUCCUCCUGCUGCCGUGCCGUACUAUGUGGACGAAGAGGAUUUCUUUACGGCCUGUGAUCAGAAGCAGCUGCUGGUGAUCGACAGGUACCUGUCAACAGGUGGAGACGUCAACGCCUGUGACUCGUUUGAGCGUACAGGUCUGCACAGAGCGAGUUCCCAGGGUCACACAGAGGUCGUCUCUAAAUUGAUGGAGGCUGGAGCCAACGUCCACAGCAGAGACAAGCUGUGGUCCACCUGUGUCCACUCGGCCUGUCGGGGAGGACAUCUGUCUGUCCUCAAACUGCUGCUGAACCAUGGAGGAGACUACACUGCAACAGACAGGCUGGACAGUACUCCUCUUCAUGUCUCUGUGAGGACCGGACAUAAUGACUGUGCUGAACACCUGAUUCACUGUGGAGCUGACAUCAACAAGCAGGACAGGGAGGGAGACACUCCUCUUCAUGAUGCCGUUCGACUCAACAGAUCUAAGACCGUCCAGCUGUUGUUACUACAAGGAGCCGACACACACAUCACCAACCAGGAUGGACGCUGUCCUCUGGACGAUGUGUUGGAGUGGCAAAGUGAGACAAAAACUCUCCUUAUCCAGCCCAACGACAGGAAGUGAUGUCACUGAUCGUGUUACAGAUCCACCAAUAACGAUUCAACACUUUGAGGCUUCUGAUUUUUCAUCAGUGAAGUAAACAAAGUUUGUUUUUGUUUACGUCUUCAAGAAAAAUCCCAGAGACACAAACGUCUCAGCAGCUUUUUUUAAUUUCAGCAUUUAAAUUAAACCUUUAUUUACUCA